UGAAAUUGGUAUUCCACACAAGCCACAACUGCAUGUGUUUUCAAAAAAGAUAAAACUAUGGGGUUCUUGAAAGGGUCAGGAAAUUCAUGGCAGCCAGUAAGAACAGACAACACAACCACCGGAAGUUAUUGGCUUAACUGGAGGGUGUUGUUAUGUUCCAUAUGGAUUAUAACGUCCUUAGUUUUCUCAUAUUUGCUAAUUUCAAAAUACGAAGGACCGAGAAGAACAAGAACAAGAACAAGAACAAGAAGAGAAAACAUGGAUGGAGAAAUCGAACAAGAGGAUUGCGGUAUGUUAUACGAAGACGAGGUAUGGAUGCCUUGCUUGAAAGAAAUUCACCCAGGGUGGUUACUUGCCUUUCGCCUCUUUGCAUUCUUCGUUCUUCUAAUUCUCUUGAUUCUAAAUGUUACUGCUGAUGGAGCUGAUAUAUUUUACUAUUACACUCAAUGGACUUUUACACUUGUUACUAUUUAUUUCGGGCUAGGAUCAGCUUUGUCGAUCUACGGUUGUUAUCGACACCACGUUAGAGUUGUUGAGGGGGUCGAUGCUGAAAGUGGCACAUUUCAUGCACCUGAAAAUGGAAAAUCAGUUUAUGAUCGUCAAGUUGGAGGAUUUUGGGCUUAUCUAUUCCAAAUGAUAUUUCAGAUGAAUGCAGGUGCUGUGAUUCUUACCGACACUGUCUUCUGGUUCAUAUUGUUUCCAUUUUUGGAAAUCAACAAACAAUAUGACCUUAAUGUUUUAGUAGUGAGCAUGCAUACUAUAAAUGCAAUUUUCUUACUUGGGGAUACUGCACUCAACUGCUUGGUG